GAUUUGGUGAUGCUUUUUUCGAAGUCGAGUUGCCACAUACGCGCUGUGAGACUGGGACACAUGGCACAUGAGCUGAGCCAAAGUCUGGUGGAACCAGUCCUUCAAUUUCUCAUCUGCGAGUGCUCGCGCUGCGCAAUAGCUGAACAUUGCCGGUGCGAUGAUGAUUGCACACCCAAGCGACGGAGCCGAGAUACCAACGCCAUGGGGUGGUCAACCCCUGCCCAAUGGAGGAGCAUUGGAAUCUCGGCUCAGGUCGGUCUUUCCCUCCUUAAGAACAAGCCUUGAACUCGGCGCUCCUAGCUCCCCGUCUGAUGAUCAUAGACGUUCGAAGCCCAGAUGUGAGACAACCUCUCAAAGCGUGCUGACUUCGAGCCUUUCCCAGUCCAAUGAGCUUCUUUCCGGUCACGGCUCCAUGAAUAAUGACGAGACCAGCAUCCAGCGAUCAGCAGAGCACCAAGAGUGGCCUUCACCGCCUCUGCGUCCCGUGCCGAGAGCUACGCAAGCCGAGGUUGCGUUCAGGUGCAGACCCUUCUCAAGCUUGGGGUUGCCUGUCAUGUUUGAAGGUACCUUCACCCAAUGUUUGCAUUGCAGGAAUCCCGACUCAAUGUCUCAGAAGCUGCCAAGCCAAGUGCCGACCACCAGUGACUUGUCUAUCCGCACAGACCCCCUGUCUAGUUCGCACAGAGACUCAGCCCAUCAGAAAGUAUAAGCUACACCAAGUUUCUUAACAAGGGACUCAAACGCUUGCAUUGACAACAAAC